AUGUACCGACAGGUGUGGAUCUUCGGCGACGUGUGGUGCGCGGUGUGGCUGGCGGUGGACGUGUGGAUGUGCACGGCGUCCAUCCUGAACCUGUGCGCCAUCUCGCUGGACCGCUACGUGGCGGUCACGCGGCCCGUCACCUACCCCAGCAUCAUGUCGCCGCGGCGCGCCAAGAUGCUCAUCGCGGGCGUCUGGGUGCUCAGCUUCGUCAUCUGCUUCCCGCCGCUCGUCGGCUGGAAGGACUCGCACACGGCGCAGCCCCGGCCGGAGCCCUGCCCCUGGACCUGCGAGCUCACCAACGACACGGGGUACGUGCUGUACUCGGCGCUGGGCUCGUUCUACCUGCCGAUGCUGGUGAUGCUGUUCUUCUACUGGCGCAUCUACCGGGCAGCGGUGCGCACCACGCACGCCAUCAACCAGGGCUUCCGCACGACGCGCGGCGUGCACUCGCGCUUCGACGACCAGCGGCUGACGCUGCGCAUCCACCGCGGCCGCGGCUCGCUCAGCAGCAACCACGACGGCGGCGGCGCCACCGGCAGCGGCCAGCCCUCGCCCAGCCCCUCCUCGGUGGCCGGCCGCUCGCCGUCGGCGCGGCGCGUCAAGAUCAGUGUCAGCUACCCGAGCAGCGACGCCAUCUGCGGCGGGGGCGGCGCCGGCGGCGGUGUGGCGGCGGCCUGCCCCCAGCCGGCGUCCCCCUGCGGGUCCCCGCCGCCCCCCGGCUCCCCGGGCAACAACAGCAGCACGGCCAGCACCAUCAAGUCGUCGUCGUUCUCCGCGUCGCCGCCCGGCUCCAUGGCGCGGCUGUACGCCGCCUCCAGCGGCCAGCAGCAGCAGCAGCAGCAGCACCUCAGGGUCACCGGGGCGCGCCUCGCCGCCUUCCGCCGCAACAGCAGCGUGAGGAUUCGGCGGCGCAGCAGCAGCGACAGCGGGAGCGGCACGGCGAUGCUGGGUCCAGGAGCUGUGUCUGGCGGGGGCGGAGAGUCCGCGGGAGGCGGUGGAGGAGGCGGCGGCGGCAGCGGCGGUGGAGACAAGUCUCCGUCGCCCACGUACGAGGACAACGGCAGCGGCGCUGCAGCCUCCGGGGGCGGCGCCGCCUGUGGAACUGGGGGCGGCAGCGGCCGGCCCAAGCUCAUCUCGCGCAUGGGCAAGCGCAACAUCAAGUCCCAGGUGAAGCGGUUCCGCAUGGAGACGAAGGCUGCGAAGACGCUGGGGAUCAUCGUGGGCGGCUUCAUCGUGUGCUGGCUGCCGUUCUUCACGAUGUACGUGGUGCGCGCCUUCUGCACCGACGCCGAGUGCAUCCCGGCGCCCGUCUUCUCCGUGCUCUUCUGGCUCGGCUACUGCAACUCCGCCAUCAACCCCUGCAUAUACGCGCUCUUCUCCAGGGACUUCAGGUUCGCCUUCACGCGCAUCCUGUGCCGCUGCGCCGGCGGCCGCGGCGGCUGGGGGCGACGCACUGCGAGCCCCGGCGGUGCGUGGGCGGCGCGGCGGGGCUCCGACGGCUCCACCAUAGGUCUGCGGCGGUCCGGAGCGCGCAUCGAGAGGCGCCACAGAUGGUGCGAUUGUGGCGCGGACUGUCUAACCAGAUGAGCUCUACGUCACGCACAUUACGAUAACAGACCAAUAAGAAGAAACAAACUGACCAACUAUACCAAGGAAUUGUGCAUCUUAAAUAAGUAGAGUGUAAAACAAAAAUUUUACAGUGAUAUGUGAAAAACAGAACAACCUGUCUCACCUUCUGUACAAUGUGUGUAAUCGUAGUUAGCCCUUGCAGCAUACAUGUGUUUUUUCAAAUAAGAAAUAUUUUUGUGGAUAAUUAAUGACAAAUAUUUAUGUAAUUGUGAUGUUACAAUUGUGUAUUCUAUUGGAUAAUGUGGCUUCAUUCAUGUUUGUGUACUCCAACGUUUCACAUCUGUUUAGAAGCUUUACAAAAUUCGCCACAAUAUUGAAUCUAAAAUGCAGACGCUAGAAAACAAGUGUAGGGUAAAAGCCGAGUCCAAUAUACGCCGUGGAGACACGCAACAAAAAACUCCUUAAAUUCGCUAGUUUUCCUUACAGUCCAAGAUGAACAAUAUUGUAGAGCAGGCAUGAGCCUAUGAAAAGGAACUGAAACUCGUCAUAUUGGUCCAAGACGUUUUUUCGUGUAUUUAACUCCCGUUUCUAUUGUGUGAACUGUUGUGAGUCUUCUCAGCCUGCCAGCGGUGUUCCGUGUUGUUAUAGCCUGCACAACCGGAAUUAUCACUUCAGCCUGUGAAUGUCACAACAUUCCUGUAUAUAGUGAGAUAAAAUUUCUGUGAAAAGAGGAAUAGUAACAUCGUUGGUCACCUCUGCGUAUAUUGUCAUUGCGCUUAAGGGAUGAGUUCUCAGAAGGAAUGAUUAUGCGUUUUCAAGCUAUUAGUCAGUCAUUAUAAAAAAAGAGAGGAAGAAAUAUUUUACUUGUUACCAGAAUUCAGCUGGAUUCUUUGGAGCUGCAACGUGCAAAACCAUAUUUGGCUUUUAGACUGCGCAGUUUUAAGAUCGCUUCCUAGUGUUCAAAAUUUCAGGAAGCACAGGUUUUCAGCUUCAAAGAAUCGGCGUAUCUCUUACGGGUCAAUUUCUCUCUCCAAAAUGUAAAAAUUAUAAGUGUCCAAAAUCUAUAAUAUAUUGUAAAAUUUGUGUAAAUAUUGUUGUUGUUAUUGUAAUCGUUUCUUGCCACCUAUCACAUCGCCUGAUGCAUCAACUGAAAUGUCUACAUUCUGUGUAUAUAACACGCAACAAUUAAAAUUAUAAACGGGUAUUUAUUAUGAAUGUAAAAGUCAACUAUAUAAUAAAUAUGACUGCUGUAAAUUUA